AUGAAGACAGUUGAACAGCUGGAACACUAUUGUCGAAGUCAUGAGCUGCUUUGGCUGUGUCCGGAUAGUGUCAGGAUUGCUCGCCUGGUGGUUGGCGGAGUCAUUGAUUUCGUGAAGGCCAAUAUUCAGGGCAGAAUUGGCAAUGGAUUUGCUAUUGUUCGACCGCCGGGCCAUCAUUCUUACGGGAAGCUCCCACAAGGAUUUUGCAUAUUCAACAAUAUCGCUAUUGCAGCCAAAUAUGCCAUUGAAAAGCUUGGCAUUAAUAAGGUGCUUAUUCUGGAUGUGGACUAUCACUGUGGCAACGGAUUAUACCAUUCACUAAAAGGCGACAAUCACUUUUUGUAUGUUAAUUUUCACGCAUACCAUCACGGAGCCUUCUGGCCAUAUGAGGAGGAAUACGAUUACGACAAUGAGCAUGGUUAG